GCAACAGAGGCAUCAUCAUCAUCAUCGUCAUCACCUGCGAAGCUAAAAAGAGUCAAAGCCCUCAAUAGUCCUUCCAGACGUUUCAUCUUCGAAUCACUUCCCUUAAAAAUCCCAACUUUCCGUUUCGGCGUUUCCCCUUCUUGGGAUUCAUCUUUGUAUUCGAAGCCCUAAUUUUUUAUUUUAUUUUUUUGAAAGGUAUGCUUCAGUUUCUCUCUCUAGGGGUUAGGAUGCUAUGAAAGCUUCAUAUGUUUGCAAGCUUUGCUUCCAUAGUUUCUCAUAGUAUUUGAUGCUGGAAACAUUAUGCCGCUGAUAGUUGGGAGAAAUGCAAAGGUAUAAUGCUACCAGCUGCACUAGUGCAAUAGGGGGGAGCUCAGCUAGGGAUACUGCCCGAGCUGAUUCAUCUUCCUUACCACCUAACUACUCAGUAAAUACUAGGCGGCAGUCACAGCUAACAGCAUACAAGUUGAAGUGCGAUAAGGAAUUGCUUAAUUCCAGACUUGGACCGCCUGAUUUUCACCCUCAGAGUCAAAAUUGUCCUGAAGAGACACUAACUAGAGAAAAUGUGCAGCAUGGAUACAAGGAUACUAUUGAUGGAAUUGAGGAUAAUAAAGAGAUCUCAUGCACUCAUGUUCAGACUUUUACCAAGCCUGUUGUUCUGAAGUGUCGAGAUGCAAUCAGAAAAUGUCUUAGGGCCAUUAAUGAAUCUCGUGCUCAAAAACGGAAGGCUGGUCAGGUUUAUGGUUUGCCUCUUUCUGGUUCACUGUUAAGUAAAUCAGGAGUUUUUCCUGAACAAAGGCCAUUUGGUGAAGAUUUCAAGAAGAAAUGGAUUGAGGGUUUAUCACAGCAACAUAAACGUUUGCGUUCUUUAGCUGAUCAUGUUCCUCAUGGUUAUCGGAAGAAAACAUUAUUUGAAGUUCUUAUUAGGAAUAAUGUUCCAUUGCUCAGAGCAACUUGGUUUAUCAAAGUAACUUACCUUAAUCAGCGCCCUGGUUCUUCUGGAGCAGUUGAUAAAAGUCAGUUGUCUCGCACUGAGCUCUGGACAAAGGAUGUUAUUGAGUAUUUGCAGUUCCUUUUAGAUGAAUUUUUUACAAGAAAUCAUUCUCAUUCUAAUCCACAAAGUAGAGAUAGACCACCACAAAUGCUUUAUGCUGGGUCAUUACAGCCCAAGAAUGAUCCAACAUCAGCGGUCUUUGACGGUGAGGAGCCCUCCUUGCAUUUUAAGUGGUGGUAUGUGGUGCGACUUUUGCAAUGGCAUUAUGCAGAAGGAUUGCUUCUUCCUUCUCCUAUCAUUGAUUGGGUCCUUAGGCAACUACAGGAAAAAGAAUUGCUUGAGAUUUUGCAGUUGCUAUUGCCUAUCAUACAUGGAGUUUUAGAAGCCAUCACUUUGUCUCAGACAUAUGUACGUGCUCUUGUUGGGGUGGCUAUUCGUUUCAUUCGUGAACCUUCUCCUGGGGGAUCAGAUCUAGUUGACAAUUCCCGAAGGGCAUACACAAUAUCUGCACUCAUUGAGAUGCUUCGGUAUUUGAUACAGGCUGCACCUGACACCUUUGUUGCCAUAGAUUGUUUCCCUCUACCACCCUGUGUUAUCUCCCAUGCAUCAAAUGAUGGAAGUUUUGUAUCAAAGGCAUCAGAGGAUGUUGGAAAAACAAAAAACAAUUUGGCAGAAGUUGCCUAUGUUCUCAGAAGUAAUGGGAUUGAUUCUCAGUACCAAUCUUUGUCCCUUGAUCAUCUUGUGUCAACUAUUCAGAAAUGUGCAGAUAAUCUUGCAAAGGAAGCAAGCAGUGGAUAUCCUAGUCAGGGUGUAGCUAGAGCUGUGCAGGCCUUGGAUAAAUCUCUACUAAAUGGAGAUUUAAGAGGGGCAUAUAAAUGUAUCUUUGAAGAUCUUUGUGAUGGAGAUGUUGAUGAGGGUUGGGUUUCAGAAAUCAGCCCAUGCUUGAGAUCCUCACUGAAGUGGAUUGGUACAGUUAGCCCAUCAUUCAUUUGCUCGGUAUUUUUCCUUUGUGAGUGGGCCACUUGUGAUUUCAGGGAUUUCAGAACAGGUCCACCUUCUGACUUGAAGUUCACUGGCAAAAAAGAUUUUUCGCAAGUAUAUGUUGCAAUUCAGCUCUUGAAGUUAAAGAUGAGGGAAUUACAAAAUCCAUCUUCAUGGAAGAAUGAGAGGAGCCUAGCAGUCAAAAACCUUGCCAAGAAUAAUAAUCGGCAGAAUAACUAUUCAGGCAGCACUUUUGUAGAGAAUGAUUAUGAAGCCAAAAGCAAGACAAAAAGUAUGGAUGGAAGAACUAGUUCAGCCGAUAUAUUUGAAAGCCCUGGUCCUCUGCAUGAUAUUGUUGUAUGUUGGAUUGAUCAGCAUGAAGGGCAGAAAGAGAAAAGUAGUAUGCGCCUUCAGCUUUUUGUUUUGGAGCUCAUACAUUCAGGUAUCUUUUUUCCCCAGGCAUAUGUGAGGCAGCUGAUUGUUAGUGGAAUUAUGGAUACAACUGGGUCUCCAGCUGACCUGGAUAGAAGGAAAAGACAUUACCAUAUCCUGAAGCAGUUACCUGGGAUGUUUAUGCUCAAUGCUUUGGAAGAAGCUAGAGUAGCUGAAGGGACAGAACUUUCUGAGGUUGUGCAUGUUUAUUCAAAUGAGUGCCGUUUUGUCCUCCACCAACUUCGUCAUGAUCAAUAUAAUUUGAGGGAUGUUCUUGUACCAGCAAGCAAGCAAAAGCGUCAUUCAAACACUGGAAAGGAUUGUUCUUCGCAAACUUCAGGUGAUCAGUGGAAAGCAGUUCAGCCAUUGUCCAAUGCAUUGUCACCCAUGAAGGUCAAAAGAGGUAUGGACCUCGAAGAGCUUAAGGCUUCCAUCUUAGUAUUGUUGCAACUCCCUAGCACAGCUUCUACAUCUGUAGAUACAGGAGUGGAUGAAUCUCAGGGGUGUUCCAAGAGGCCCACUGGGUCAAUCUACAAGAAGUUGGAUCUGGUAGAAGGUACACCUGGGUGUGAAGAUUGUAAAAGGGCAAAGAGACAAAAAUUAAGUGAGGAAAAGGGCACUUCCCUUCAGGUACCUUCACCAAUUCCAUCUGAUGAAGAAGAUACCUGGUGGGUAAGGAAGGGCCCUAAAUCCUUAGAGUCUUUCAAAGUUGAUCCUCCACUGAAAUCAACGAAACAGGUAUCCCGGGGCAGGCAAAAGACUGUGCGUAAAACUCAAAGCCUUGCCCAAAUAGCAGCUGGUAGGAUUGAGGGUAGCCAGGGAGCCUCUACAAGCCAUAUAUGUGAUAAUAAGACCAACUGUCCCCAUCAUAGAACCGAAGUAGACACUCCUAAGUCAUUGAAUGGGAUCAGAACUGUCUGUGAUGGAGAUGUUGUAUCAAUUGGAAGGGCUAUUAAGCAGUUACGUUUUGUGGAGAAGAGAAAUCUUACAGUUUGGUUGAUAUCUGCAGUUAGGCAGCUUGUUGAAGAAACUGAGAAAACUGUGGCCAAGGUUGGCCAGUAUGGUAGGCCUUUUGUUGCUGCUGAUGAGAAGAGCCCUCUGCGGUGGAAGCUUGGUGAGGAUGAGCUAUCUAUUAUACUGUAUCUUUUGGAUGUUUCGAAUGAUUUAGCUUCAGCUGUCAAGUUUCUUCUUUGGCUGGUCCCAAAGGUCCUUAAUAAUUCUAGCCCUACCAUGCACAGUGGGAGAAGUUUUCUUUUGAUGCAUAGGAAUAUGGAAAACCAUACAUGUGAAGUGGGCGAGUCAUUCUUGCUAUCAUCACUCAGAAGGUAUGAGAGCAUUGUAAUUUCAACAGAUCUUAUUCCUGAAGUCUUGUCAGCUAUGAUGAAUCGUGCUGCAGCAGUUGUGGCUUCUACUGGAAGGAUUUCUAGUUCGGCAACCAUAAUUUAUGCUCGGCACUUGUUGAAGAGGUAUGGCAGUAUGGCUAGUGUCAUAGCAUGGGAAAAGAAUGUCAAGGCAAAAUAUGAUAAGAGACUGCUCUCUGAACUUGAAGCUGGACGGUCUCUGGAUGGAGAGUUUGGAUUUCCAUCUGGGGUACUGGCUGGGGUCGAAGAUCCUGAUGAUUAUUUCCGUCAAAAGAUAACUAGUGGAAGGAUAUCCCGAGUGGGUUUGAGCAUGCGAGAUGUGGUGCCAAGACAUCUUGAUGAAGCUUUCCAGUAUUAUUUUGGCAAAGAGAGAAAACUCUUAGCUACUGGUACAGCAAAAGGUCCUGCAUCAGAGAAAUGGGAUGACGUUUAUCAGAUAGCUCAACCAAUUAUAAUGGGGCUAAUGGAAUGUAUGAGGCAGACUGGUGGUGCCGCUCAAGAAGGGGACCCAUCUCUGGUUUCUUCUGCGGUUUCUGCAAUUGUCAAUAAUGUUGGACCAUGUAUUGCGAAGAUUUCAGAUUUUGCUGCUGGUAGUAACUAUGCCAAUCAUCAGUCCUCUGGGAGUUUGUUGAAUUUUGCAAGGCGUAUUUUGCGCAUCCAUUUAACCUGCUUGUGCCUACUUAAGGAUGCUCUUGGAGAACGUCAAAGCCGAGUUUUUGAGAUAGCCCUUGCAACAGAAUCUUCUUCUGCUCUUGCUGCAGUGCUGGGCCCUGGAAAGUCUUCUAGGAAUCAGUUUCAACCGUCUUCUGAAGCUCAUGAUUCCAGCACCACCAUACCCAAUGAAAUUUUGAACAGUUCUGCCAAGGCUGCUGUUGGAAGAACAACAAAAGUUGCAGCUGCUGUUUCUGCACUUGUCAUUGGGGCUGUUAUUCAUGGGGUUUCUAACUUGGAGAGGAUGGUAAGUGUCUUAAGAUUGAAGGAGGGGUUGGAUAUAGUUCAGUUUGUAAGAAGUACAAAAACCAAUUCCAAUGGUAAUGCUCGCUCAGUUGGGACUUUUAAGGUGGAGACCUCUGUUGAAGUUUAUGUGCACUGGUUUAGACUGCUGGUUGGAAACUGCAGGACUGUCUGUGAUGGACUGGUAGCAGAACUUGUGGGUGAACCAUCUGUUGUGGCUCUUUCAAGGAUGCAGAGAAUGCUUCCCAUUAAUUUGGUCUUUCCUCCAGCCUAUGCAAUAUUUGCAUUUGUUAUUUGGAAGCCAUUCAUUUUGAGCAAUAACUUUGCUGGCCGUGAGGACAUUCAUCAAUUAUAUAAGUGUUUGACAAUGGCUAUUGGUGAUGCCAUAAAACACCUUCCUUUUCGAGAUGUGUGUCUGAGGGACAGUAAAGGUUUCUAUAAUAUUGUAGCUGCAGAUUCUACUGAUGCUGAGUUUGCAGCCUUGUUAGAGUUGAAUGGUUUGGACAUGCACUUGAAAACUUUAGCCUUUGUCCCUCUCCGUGCAAGGCUCUUCCUAAAUGCAUUGAUUGAUUGCAAGAUGCCAAACCAUUCAUUUCAGGAUGAUGGCACUCGUGCUUCUGGACUUAGUGAACCUAAAGCUUCACAUAAGGAGAGCAACCCAAAGCUUUUGGAUAAGCUUGUUCAUGUAUUGGACACGCUGCAACCUGCAAAAUUUCAUUGGCAGUGGGUGGAGCUUAGGCUUCUCUUAAAUGAACAAGCUCUCCUUGAAAAGACGGAGAAUCCUGACGUAUCUUUAGUGGAUGCUGUUCGUUCUUCCUUACCCAGUUCCGAAAAAGCUGCUGAUUUUGAAAAUGAAAACAAUUUCAUUGAGAUCCUCCUCACCAGAUUGUUGGUUAGACCUGAUGCUGCUUUACUUUACUCAGAGGUUGUUCACCUUUUUGGGAGGUCAUUAGAAGAUUCAGUGCUGAUGCAGGCUAAAUGGUUCCUACAAGGCCAGGAUGUUCUGUUUGGUCGGAAAACUGUUCGACAACGUCUUAUUAAUAUUGCUGAAAGUAAAGGUCUUUCAACUAAACCUCAAUUCCAGAGGCCCUGGGGUUGGUCUUAUUCUAAUUCCAAUCCUGCUACAAACCGGGGGAAGAAGAAAUAUGAAGCUACCUCUCUGGAGGAACGAGAAGUUGUUCAAGAGAGAAUGGAAUCAAAGAGGCAUGUGAAGGGGUCACACCAAAUGGAUGCUGAAGGCUACAAUGUCACCCAGCAGCAGGUGACUGAGAAGGCUUUCGUUGAAUUGGUUCUUCCUUGCAUUGAUCAGAGCUCUGAUGAUUCACGCAGUACCUUUGCAAGUGAAUUAAUCAAGCAGCUGAAUGCCAUAGAGCAACAAAUUAGUUCUGUUAUGCGAGGCUUAAAUAAGCAGACAGGAACAACUUCAUCUGGAAUUGAAGGUUCUGGUGGUAAGGGUAACAAUCGGAAAGGUAUUAGAGGUGGCAGUCCUGGAUUGGCUAGACGACAGGUGGGAGCUGCAGAUUCUGCUCCACCUUCCCCUGCAGCCUUGCGAGCUUCUAUGUCACUGCGGUUGCAUUUUCUUGUCAGACUUCUGCCAAUUAUAUGUGCAGAUGGGGAGCCAUCAGUGCGGAGCAUGAGGCACAUGCUUGCCUCUGUGAUACUUCGUUUGCUGGGAAGUCGGGUUGUGUACGAGGAUGUUGACCUAUAUUUUAAUCCGACUCCAUUGAAAGAGGGGGAGCUGAUAAUGGAAUCUUCUGCUGCAUCUGCUGGGGAAAGUCUUUUUGACCGCUUUUUGUUGGUUUUGCAUGGGUUGUUAAGUAGUUGCCAACCAAUUUGGCUGAGGUUGACGCCUGCUACAAAAUCAACCAGUGACUUCUCAAAAGGUUUUUCUGGAUUUGAUCCUGACAUGGCAGAAAAUUUGCAGAGCGACUUGGAUCGGAUGCAGUUACCUGAAAUGAUUAGAUGGCGUAUUCAAGCUGCAAUGCCAAAACUGUUUCCUUCUGUCCACUACUGUAUCUCAUGCCAGCCAUCAUCUGUCCCGGUUGCUGCUAUUAGUUUACUUCAACCUAGUAUCUCUGCUGGAUUCUGCUCUGGACCUUUAAUCUCACCUCAAAGACCUGUUCCUUUGGCAAGAACAACAAAUAGUGUAGCAGGAAAGUCCAAGCCAACACCUUUGUCACAAGAUUGUGAUACUGAAAUUGACCCAUGGACACUAUUGGAAGAUGGAGCAGGAUCAGGUCCAUCUUCAAGUAACUCUGCUGUUUUAGCUAGCAGUGACCAUGCCAAUUUUCGAGCCUGCAGUUGGCUCAAGGGGACUGUGAGGGUCAGAAGGACAGACCUCACUUACAUUGGUGCUAUAGACGACGACAGCUGAUCUAAGGUUAACCUUAUUUUUGAGUUGGGACAAGGUUAGCAAAUCCCUUGACCGUGAUUCCUCGUUCAUUUUAUUGUGCAUAAUUGGCACUAUGGCACGGUCCCAUCUUGGCUUUUAUUGUGGGGGUAGAGCUCUUUGAAGAGCCUUAUUUUCACUUGAUCAAAUGGGGAAGAAGAAGGGGAUGGGGUGGCCAGAGACCCUAGUCAAAGGAAAAUGGCAAAAUGAGCUCGUGUAGCCUAUGCCCACCUUCAAACUGCUGACCUUUCCAAUGCUCCGACGUUCUGGACCCUGCACUCCUAGAGCGGUUCAGAGGCUUGUUGUAUAUAUAGUUGAUAAAUUGUUGCGAUUUACCAAUUGAUCCGAGUAAAAUAUCUCGAGAAUGAAAGAUAUGCAGCCUUUUUCAUUGCUGAUCUCUCUGCACGCACAAGGAUGCUGUCAUGUGAAGGCACAUUGAAACUGAACAAUUUGAGUUUAUUUGGUAAAAUUAUUUCAUGUAUCCAUUUCUUUCUUCACUAGAUUUUGUACGAUUAAAAACUGAAGGGUAUGAAAUGCAUGAUGCUUCUAAAAUUAAAAGAAAAAAAAAUAG